GUUUGGAGUUAGAAUUUGGGGAGUGGGAGGUAGUUACGGUGACGUCAGUUUUUCCCCUUAAAGAAGUAAAGGUGUACUUAAGGGCAUUUAUUCAUUCAUAUUUUUGUUCUGAGGAGAGUCACUCCCUUGCUGCCUGCCAUCUGAAGAGUCCACUUCUCAGUGACUCCUUGCUCAGGACUGGAUGCAGUAGAGGGUAGCUGGUCAAUAUGAUUCUUCUUGCUGUGCUUUUUCUUUGCUUCAUUUCCUCAUAUUCAGCUUCUGUUAAAGGUCACACAACUGGUCUCUCAUUAAAUAAUGACCGGCUGUACAAGCUCACCUACUCCACUGAAGUUUUCCUUGAUGGGGGUAAAGGAAAACUCCAAGAUGUUGUGGGCUACCGAAUCUCUUCCAAUGUGGAUGUUGUCCUACUGUGGAGGAACCCUGAUGGUGAUGAUGACCAACUGAUCCAAAUCACAGUAACAGAUGUAAAGGUGGAAAAUGUGAAUCAGCAGAGAGGAGAAAAGAGUAUCUUCAAAGGAAAAAAUGCACCCAAAAUCAUAGGAAAGGCAAACCUGGAAGCUCUGCAAAGACCUGUGCUCCUUCAUCUAAUCCGUGGAAAGGUCAAGGAGUUCUACUCAUAUCCAAAUGAGCCAGUGGCCAUAGUAAAUCUCAAGAGAGGCUUGGCUAGCCUAUUUCAGAUGCAGUUAACUUCUGGAAAAACAGAUGAGGAAGAUGUCUCUGGAAAUUGUAAAGUGACCUACCAGGCUCAUCAAGAUAAAGUGAUAAAAAUUAAGGCCUUGGAUUCAUGCAAAAUUGAGAGGUCUGGAUUUACAACCCAAAAUCAGGUUUUGGGUGUCAGUUCCAAAGCCACAUCUGUCACUACCUAUAAGAUAGAAGACAGUUUUGUUGUAGCUGUGCUUGCAGAAGAGAUACAUGCUUUUGGGAUGAAUUUCCUCCAAACCAUCACAGGAACAAUAGUGUCAAAGCAGAAAUUAGAGCUGAGGACAACGGAAGCAGGCCCAAGACUGAAACCUGGAAAGCAGGUUGCAGCAGUAAUUAAAGCAGUUGAUUCAAAAUACACAGCUAUCCCUAUUGUGGGGCAGGUCUUCCAGAGCGAAUGUAAAAGAUGCCCUUCUCUGUCAGAACACUGGCAGUCCAUCAGGAAACACCUGGAGCCUGACAACCUCUCCAAUGCUGAAGCUGUCAGAAACUUCCUGGCCUUUGUUCAGCACCUUAGGACUGCAAAGAGAGAAGACAUCCUCCAAAUUCUGAAGACUGAAAAGAAAGAAGUACUACCUCAGCUGGUGGAUGCUGUUACCUCUGCUCAGACUCCAGCCUCAUUAGAAGCCAUUUUGGACUUUUUGGAUUUCAAGAGUGACAGUAGCAUUGUCCUACAGGAGAGGUUUCUCUACGCCUGUGGAUUUGCCUCCCAUCCUGAUGAAGAACUCCUGAGAACACUCAUUAGUAAGUUCAAAAGUUCCUUUGCAAGCAAUGACAUCAGAGAAACUGUUAUGAUCAUCAUCGGAGCCCUUGUCAAGAAGCUGUGCCAGAAUGAAGGCUGCAAACUCAAAGCAGUAGUUGAAGCCAAGAAGUUAAUCCUGGGAGGACUUGAAAAACCAGAGAAAAAGGAGGACACUAUGAUGUACCUGCUGGCCCUGAAGAACGCCCUGCUUCCAGAAGGUAUCCCGCUCCUUCUGAAGUACGCGGAGGCAGGAGAAGGGCCCAUCAGCCACCUCGCCACCACCACUCUCCAGAGAUAUGAUGUCCCUUUCAUAACAGAUGAGGUGAAGAAGACCUUGAACAGGAUAUACCACCAGAAUCGCAAAGUCCAUGAAAAGACUGUGCGCACGACUGCAGCUACUGUCAUUUUAAAAAACAACCCCUCUUACAUGGAGGUAAAAAACAUCCUGCUGUCUAUCGGGGAACUUCCCAAAGAAAUGAAUAAAUACAUGCUGUCCAUUAUUCAAGACAUUCUGCGGUUUGAAAUGCCUGCAAGCAAAAUGGUCCGUCGAGUUCUCAAGGAGAUGGGCACUCACAAUUAUGACCGUUUCUCCAAGAGUGGAUCCUCUUCUGCCUAUACAGGCUACAUAGAACGUAGUCCCCGUGCGGCAUCUACCUACAGCCUUGACAUUCUUUACUCCGGUUCUGGCAUUCUAAGGAGAAGUAACCUGAACAUCUUUCAGUACAUUGGGAAGAGUGAUCUUCACGGUAGCCAGGUGGUCCUCGAAGCUCAAGGGCUGGAAGGCUUAAUUGCAGCCACUCCUGAUGAGGGGGAGGAGAAUCUGGACUCCUUCGCAGGCAUGUCAGCCAUUCUUUUCGAUGUUCAGCUCAGACCUGUCACUUUUUUCAAUGGAUACAGCGAUCUGAUGUCCAAAAUGCUGUCAGCAUCUAGUGACCCUGUCAGUGUGGUGAAAGGACUAAUUCUGCUAGUAGAUCACUCUCAGGAGCUUCAGUUGCAAUCUGGCCUAAAGGCCAACAUAGAGGUCCAGGGUGGUCUAGCUAUUGAUAUUUCAGGUGCAAUGGAAUUUAGUCUGUGGUAUCGUGAAUCUAAAACCCGAGUGAAAAAUCGGGUGGCUGUGGUAAUAACUGGUGACAUCACAGUGGACUCCUCUUUUGUGAAAGCUGGCCUGGAAACCAGAGCAGAAUCAGAGGCUGGCCUGGAAUUCAUCUCCACAGUGCAGUUUUCUCAGUACCCAUUCUUAGUUUGCAUGCAGAUGGAUAGGGCUGAAGCUCCAUUCAGGCACUAUGAGACAAAGUACGAAAGGCUGUCCACAGGCAGAGGCUAUGUCUCUCGGAAAAGGAAAGAAAGUCUACUGGCAGGAUGUGAAUUCCCGCUCCACCAAGAGAACUCUGAGAUGUGCAAGAUGGUGUUUCCCCCGCAACCAGAAGACUCCUCUUCAGGUGGAUGGUUUUGAAACUGAGUGCUGAUUUUUCACUUGAAUUUGUCUCCUCUAAAGGGAUACAAUGUGACAUGCCUAAGUACUUGCUCUCUGAGAGCACAGUGUUUACAUAUUUACCUGUAUUUAAGAUUUUUGUAAAAAGUGAUGGAAAACUUCAAUUGAUUAAAUUUGGGCCUAUUCAGUACACUACCUGCAAUGUCACUUUCAGUCAUCACGUGACACUUUCAACAACUUUCUACUUUUCUUGUACCUCUCUCAAAUCCCAUCUAGCACAGAGAAAUUAGUUCUGCUCUAAAAAGAAACAAGCGUUUAAAAACAAAACAAGCAAACAAAAAACCACAGACACUUAGGAGAAUCCAAUUUUGUUUUGACAGUUGGCAGUCGAUAGAUACGAAAGCCUUUGAGAGAUCCUUAAGUCUGUCUGGCUUUCUAAGAGGCAUAUUGUCUGCUAAGGGGAAAAAAAAUCAGACCUUUUUCUUUUUUUCUUCUCUUUUUUGGGGUGAGGCUGCAGGGAGAGGCUGAAGACGAGACUUUAAAAGAAUGUUAUUAGCCAGCUUUUAGAAUUAAUAUUUACAUCUUCUGUUUUAUUAAGCAUUAAGGUAGAGAAUAUGCAUAAU